AGGAAAACAAUUGUCCACGCCAAUCCCCCCUCCCUCACCCCCCACACCACUCACUCCACCAACCGAUCCCGAGGCAGCCUUCAGGGACGCUACCGCAGCCGUAUCAGCCUGUGUCAGGAGUUUCCACUAGUGCAGCAUUGGAUGACGCCGAGGCUGACUACUGCUGCUUGCACCAACUACCUCCUCGUUGUACAAUAUUAAUGUCCGAGAAGGCAACAUGACAUCCACGCGGCGGUGGCUACUGGCCGGUUUUGCGCUUCUGUGUGCUUGUGGAGACGCCGAAUCUAAAAGGAGCGUCAAAUGUCCUUCAGGAUGCUCCUGCACCAAAGAGACCAUCAUCUGCGUGGGCACGGCGCAGAUCCCACGCACUAUACCGAACGAGAUCAACUCACUGAGCGUGGUGAAUGGAUCUAUUUCUGAAAUUACAGAAGGGAUGUUUUCACUCAUGCCUUCUCUGCAGCUGCUACUUCUGAAUGCAAAUUCUUUGACAACAAUCAAAGAUGAUGCGUUCUCCGGCCUUCCACAUCUAGAAUAUUUAUUCAUUGAAGGAAACAAGAUUGAAUUGAUCAGCAAAAAUGCCUUUCGCGGCCUGCGAGAUCUCACUCAUCUAUCGCUUGCCAAUAACAAGAUGAGGUUUCUGCCAAGAAAUCUGUUUUUUGACUUGGAUUCCUUGCUGGAACUGGAUCUGAGAGGCAACUCUUUCCAGUGCAUUUGUGAGAACAAGUGGCUGAUGGUGUGGCUGAAAAACACAAAUGCCACAGUAUCAGAUGUCUUCUGCGCAGGCCCCAGUGACAUGAAGGGCAAGCGGCUCAAUGACCUUCCUAUUCCACCGGGCGAGUGUAUCUCCACAGACUUUGUGCGCCAUCAGUCCAUUCCCAUUCAGUCCAUGUCGGCGGACAUCUUUGCCUUUAAAGAGGACAUCUUCGUUGCGAUGGCUGCCCCCAUCUCCAACAGCUGUGUGGUCAUGGAGUGGGAUCACAUUGAAAUGAAUUUCCGAAAAUUUGACAACAUAACAGGAAAGUCUGUUGUUGGCUGCAAGUCGGUUCUGAUAGACGACCAUGUCUUGAUAAUCGUUACUCAGCUCUUUGGUGGCUCCCACAUCUACAAGUUUGACAGCCGGCAGAACAAGUUCACUAAGUUUCAGACCAUUGAGGUCUUCAACAUCUCUAAGCCCAAUGAUAUUGAGGUUUUCCAAAUAAACCGUGAGUGGUACUUUGUGAUUGUGGACAGCUCCAAGGCCGGUUUAUCUACUCUAUACAAGUGGCAGGACCAACCAGAGCGCAAUGCAACUGGUUUCUACUCCUACCAGUUUCUGCACGAGUGGUUUCGUGACACAGAUGCCGAGUUUGUUGAGUUGGACGGGAAAUCCUAUCUCAUCUUGACCUGUCGCUCUCAGUCCCCCGUCAUCUACCUGUGGAACAAGAGCACCCUGAAGUUCGUAUUCCACGGUGAAAUCCCAAAUGUGGCAGACGUGGUGGCAGUAAAAGCUUUCCGGUUGGGGGACGAGUUGUAUCUGGCCAUGACUUGCUACAUCGGUGACUCCAAAGUCCUCAAGUGGACCAACAAGCAGUUCACUGAGGUGCAGGCCCUACCUUCCAGAGGAGCGAUGAUACUCCAACCUUUCACCUUUACAGACAAGCACUACCUGGCUCUUGGCAGUGAUUAUUCUUUCACACAAAUCUACCUCUGGGAUGUGGAGACCAAAAUGUUCCACAAGUUCAAGGAUAUUUAUGUGCAGUCGCCCCGGUCCUUCACAGCAGUGACCACCGACCGGAGGAAUUUCAUAUUCUCCUCCAGCUUCAAGGGCAAAUCGAUGGUUUUUGAGAAUGUUAUUGUUGAUUUAAGCUUAUAAUGCCCAGCAAAAUAAUAAUUUUUCGCAGUAUCAGUUGUCACUCAGAGCAAUAUUUGCGUUUAUGCUACAAGUGAGUCUUCCUUCUGCGAGUAGACGUAUCUUUAUUUAAGAAAACCGUCUUCGGCAAGUUCAUAGGCAUUUCCGGGAAUUAUGAAGGUACAGGUCCAAAUAAAUAAACUGAAGGCUAUAAAGAAAAAGAAAUUGCAACCAUUUGAAGUGAAAAAAGCACGAAUAUAAUGUUAUGGCAUACGUCGUAUCGUCUUAAGAGGUGUUGGUUUUGAUCGUAACUCUUUCACGCAAACAAAAGCCGAUGUCAGACCACACAGCUUUUAAAAGAAACCAUUAAGUGUUGGAUAGAAUUCAAAUACUAAGUAAGGUUGGUGCUCAUUCAAAAGUGACUAUGGGUUGACGCUCGUCACUACUCUACAAAGAACAAAAUACAGAUUUUUUUAAGCCACCUCAAAGUGAGCACUAAAGGUGUCAAAACGCUGUUUAAAGCCACACUUGAGGGCGAGGUGAAGAGCCGUCAGUCAUAGAGGCAGGCAAGAUGCUGUAAUCGUUUAGAAAUUGAGAUGAUUUCCCACACUUUCAGAUUUCUGGAAGAUAUUCAUGGUGUUGCACUCAGUAGUACACUCAACAAAUAACAUAAGGGUUGGUGUUAAAUGGAGAAAAAAAAAAGAGCUAAAACCCUCCUCACGUUCUCACUUCCUCUUAACUGGCAAAAUUGCUUGUUGAGUGGGUGUGAUGUUGUUGGAUUGUAUGUUUUGCAGAACAUUACAGAAAUCUUUGGUUGUAAAAAAGUAGAGGAGUGGGCUAAAACGCUCUUAAAUGAUUUGUUUUGUACAAUUGGAGCAGCUGUCGAAAUUUUAAAGCCACUCACCCCAGUAACUUCCAUGAUUUGGAUGUGCAUGGAAUAGAGGGUUUCUUCUGAAUGUAUUCACUACAUAUAAUGAGCUUGAGCCAAACUGCAUAGCAUAUAACGAGCUACUGUACUAACAAGGUGCCUAAUUAGUGUCACAACUAAUUUUAUCUUUAUUCCUAUGCAUUGCUAUACGUUGUCCAAGGACACAAAUGUGUUUUCUUUCAGGGUUUUUUUGAUAUGUUUCCUGUAUUAUACAGAAAUAGUAGUAGUGUGUCAGCUUACUCUUUCUCACACAACAAUUAGGCAUUGGUCUCUACAGACUGUCGGACAUCUCAGUCCCAGAAUCUUAAGAAGAUCUAACAUAAACAUGGUGAUUUUGUUAGCUGAAUCUUGAAAAAAAAAAAAAAAAAAGAUUGCCCACACUUAUUCAUCCUCAUGUGCUUCCGAGCAAUAAUAUGUAUGUUCCAAUAAACUAUAGCUACACUAACAUUCUUAUGUAUGAAUGAGUUUUUGUAAAUGCUUUAAAGAACAUACAAUCUCAA